CUUGGUCGACAGAGGACUCUUUUUUGGAUUGCUGGGCCGCCCUAACGUACGCAGUCACUGGGCGACUCAUGAUGUCAUCGUCCUAAAGUGAUUGCUAGAGGAAGCUUUUUACCACUUGCUCUCCGCAAUGGCGACCGCUGAACGUCCCUCUGCCGAUGGUCUAACGGAGUGUGAGCAUCGUACAGUUGUCAGAGUAGGAUCAUCGGCCAGCGACGGUAUAGACAUUUUGGGGCUGACCAAGCCGAUAUCAAAUAUAGAAACGAUAUUUCAUGAGAUCGAUGUGGCACUCAAUCGCGACAGCCCACCAGCUCUAGAAUAUCUGUUUUUUGAACCGUAUACAUCAUUUGUUAUCUUCCGCAACUUUUUAAGUAUUGGAGUGCGACCGUUCGGACAUUCCGCAUUACGAUAUACCCUCCCGAAUGGGCAACAAAUAUUGGUGAAUGUUACCAAGAAGGAGGGGUGCAAGCUUGUGGAGAUAUGGGAUCCCGUGGACUUUUUGUAUGGGAUUGGAGAGGCAAGCCGCGAACAAGGCGGAAUAUAUUCUCGCCACGUUGUUUCCAUUCGCAUCGAAUCCCUCCCUGCAGCCCAAAUCCACGCCCUCCACAGCUACUUUGUUUCCGUUCGUCAGGCAGUAGAAAACCACGAAGCGGCAUUCAGUACCAUGCUGGGACCCCUAUUGAACCUGACGCGACGCUGCUUUCCAUCUCCUGAACGUGGCAACUGUGCUCGAUGGAUAUCAAAAGGUCUUGUUGAAGCGGGCGUCAUGUCCCGAUAUCGCAUGUUUCCCAAAGAUAUUUUUGUGAGAUUGUGGAAAGAGAAUAAAGGGGAGCGUGGGAAUGGCAAUGUAAAUGUCGUUUGGUAUCAGCGCAUAGAACAUGCUUGGCAUCGAUAUGGCCAACAGUGGAGAAAUAAUCAUGGGUUCUCGUUUGUGACUUUGUCGCCCAAAGGCUUGGUUCGGACAGUCAAAUACCUCCAUCUUCAUCAUAUUGCCAAUGUUGUCGUCCAAGUUCCAGCGGACUCAUCCCGUGCCGAAGUGCGCGUACUGAAGCGAGAUGGGCAAUCUGAUACAUCAACAACGCUGAACUAUGAACAACCUAAUACGGAAUCUUCCUUAUCUGAGCCAGCAAGGAAAUCAUCAAAGAAGACGGGACAUCGAAAAUGGUGGAAAAUCGGCCGGAGAAAGAAAGGUGAUCAAGAAGUUCUAUCAUAACUCGUCGGCUUUCUUAACUUACACCAGUAAAAUGUAGCCCUUCUUAUGGCCACUUUUCCUUUUACUGCUUUUAUUGACAAUUCAGGAAUGUAGCUCUAGCAUGUGAAUGUAGUCGCGUGAUCUUACAAUAUGCAAUUAUUCUGAGUCAGAUUCAG